UCUGCCUAUGCAAUGGCUCCUGGGAGCAUCGCCUCCAGUGAUACCUCCUCAACCUCCUCGGCCUCCUCCGCCCCCACAGUGGGGCUGUCCAGGUCAUCUGGGUCUGAAAAGCCAGGCCCUGCCCGGAGCGUCGCCCGGUUGCCCCGCCGCCACCCUCCAGUGCUGCGCAUGGUGCUGGAGGCGCUGCAGGCCGGAGAGCAGCGCCGCGGCACCUCGGUGGCCGCCAUCAAGGUUUACAUCCUGCAGAAGUACCCGACGGUGGACGUCCUCCGGCUCAAGUACCUGCUGAAGCAGGCCCUGGCCACCGGCAUGCGCCGCGGCCUCCUCGUCAGGCCCGCCAACUCCCGGGCCAGGGGGGCCACGGGCAGCUUCAAAUUAGUUCCCAACCACAAAAGGAAGUUGCGGACCAGGAAGGCGGCCACCGUAACCACCCCCAGGAGACCUGCUCAAGCCAAGGGAAAGGACCCCAAGAAACCUAGUGGGGCAAAGAAGGUCCCUCCCAACCCAGGGGAUGUGAGAAAAGGAUCCAGGAAGCCAGGAGAGGAGAGGACAGCUCCCCCCAAACCAGGUGCCACUAAGGAGAAGGUCCCCAGGAAAGACCACCAGACCAAGGACCAAGAGGCAAGACGGGGUAAGGCCAGGACGUCCUCCCAGCAGCCAGACAAGACCGCGCAGGCCCCUCCCAGUGCCAGGGGGCCGGGCGGGAAGUCAAAGGUCAAAGGCAGAGGAAGCCUCCAAGCAGAUGUCGAGGUCCACACGAAAACAAAAGCUGGGAGUCAGAGUUCAAAACCCGCAGCCACCAAGGGUGAGAAUGGUGUUGCUUCCACAGACAAAAAGAAGAUGAGGAACAAGGUCCCUAAAGAGGCCGCUGCCCAGGGGGCUGGGGAGAGGCCAAAAGCCAAGGCCCCUGCUCCUCCCAAGGGCGGUGGGUCCAAGAUGGAGCCGGCACGACUGUCCAGGAAGGCAGAGGCCCCCCAAGGUCCGAGAAGGCCUGGUGUUCCCACCAAGACCGCAUCGUCCAAAGUGGCCAGUAAGAAGGCAGAAGGCGAGAGCUAGGGGCGGGGUGGAGAGAGACUGAGAUUCUAUUUUUUUAUUCCUCUAAAAACCUAUCACUCUAUUUAUUUCACAGUAACUUAUUUAUCAAUAAAGUUUUUUUUCCCACAAAUUUGUGAGGGAGGAGGCUGAGGUCCAAGGAUUGGACCAUCCAGGGCUGGAGCCCAAGUAGGCACUCCUGUCCUGGGGGAUAGGGAUCCAAGGGCACACGGGGCCGUGGAGACACAGGAGAGGUGUUUAAGCCAGCCUGAGAUCCGGGACUGCUUCCUGGAGGAGGCAGCUUUUGGUCUUAAAGGAUGAGCAGGAAUUGCCAGACAGUUGAGGGGAAGGCAUUGCAGGCAGAGGGCCUAGCAUGUGGGGUGGGGCUGGAUGGAGGGGGAUUUGUGGCUUUGAGAGGAGCAUGGGUCAGGGAGGGGUGACAGGAACCCCUGGGCCUUGGGGGAUGGGGCAGGAAGGUGUGGAGGGGCAGACGAGGGAAGGCAGACUUUCUCUUGGGGCAGUGGGGAACCAGGGAGUGUUAUAAGCAGGGAAGAGACUGAUGUGUGUGUUUAGAAAGAGCCCUGUGGCUGCAGAGAGGGGGAUUAGAGGAGCUGAAAGGAAUUGGAAAUCAUUCAGCUAGUUACUGAGCGUGAUUGUGGGCCCUGCGCAAAUCAGAACAAAGAGGGUGCAAAGGCCCUGGGGUGGGAACACAGAGGACAGGCUCGAGGAGCUGCAGGGAGGACCUUGUGGAUAAAGCCCAGUGAUGGAAAUAGUGGCUGGAGAUGAAGUCUGGGUUGCUUUAAAAACAUCUGUGACACUCUCCCCUGUGGAGAGGUGGUGUCAGUGUGCGUCCCUGCCCUUUGGAUCUGGACUGUGUGGUUGACUGACCAAAAGAGAAAAGUAGAAACAUAAAGACAGUUUCUGGGCCCAGGGCUCGGGAGACUGGCAGCUUCUACUUCCUGUGUGUGGGUUUUUGUUUUUGUUGUUUUAAUGCUUGCUCAGAGGACUCAGCCCCCAUGCUGUGGGGAAGCCCAAGCAGCUGGUGGGGACAAGUUGAGGGCCCUCAUCUCUCAGCCCCAGCUGAGCUCCCUGAGCAGCCAGCACCAGUUUGCCUGCAUGGGAGUGCACCGUCUUGGCGCCGGAUCUUCCAGCCCCGGUGGAGCUGCCCCACUGACCCCACGUGGAACCAGGGCAGCCUUCCCUGCUGGUCCCUGCCCCAAUAACAGAUGCCGGAGUGACAUAAAUGUAUAGGGCUGUUUGUUAUGCAGCAGUGGAUGACCACGACAUGGGCUGCAGAGUAGACAAGGGCUAGAUCUGAGGGACUUGUAGGCCACGGUGGGAAUUUGGGUGCCAUUUUAAUUGUGAUGAGAAACAAUUAGAGGACAGUGAGCAGCAGAGUGACCACAGGGGGACACGGGCAGCAGCAGGAGCCCGUGAGGAGGCCCUGCGACGGUCCAGGGGAAGUGGGGCUGGUCGUGGAGGGGGUUAGAAGUGGUGGAUUCUGGGUAGGUGUUUGAGCAGGGUGAGUGGGAUUUGCUGACAGAUGGGAUAGAAAGGGGUCAGUGAUGAGCCCACAAUUUGGGGUCCACACAGCUAAAUGCCUGCACGUUGAUUCAGGAGGCUGCAGAGAGAUGGUCCAGACGGCUGAGUCAGGGAGGGCAAGGGGGAAGGACGUGGAGUUGAAGGGCGUCGCAGGCAGACUGGGUGGGACUUGGGAAGGGGGCAUUGGAUGAGGCACAAAGGGAAACUGAGGCAGCCCAGCGUGGAUCAUCAGACUGUUCCCUUCCUGCCCCUCCCUCAAUGCCACCCUCUCCUUCCCAGUCCCACGCGAGGCUGUCUAGCUGUGCUGAUGGCUUCUCUGGAGUGUCUGUGAUGUAACUGCCGGCAGGGCUUUGAGGGGCAUGGGGAGCAGAUGGCUGGGUGCUGGGCUGGCGCGUCUCACGAAGGCGGUCUGGCUGUGGGAGGCCCCCCGGGCAGGCUCUGGGCGGGGUGAGCAUCCCUGGGCAUCUUGCUUCCACAAGCUGGAGGCAGGCCGGUAGCCCUGACCUGGCAGCAUCCAGCACCCAUGAGACUCGGGAAAGGCUCCUCCCGGCUUGAGGGAACACACUACGCCAACGUUCCCACCUCCAGUGACCCUGCGACAGAGCCAAGGGAUGCCUGCGGCUGAAGGCAAGUUUUCAGGGCCCCAGCCCAGGACUGGGGGUGGUUCACAGAAGUAUGGCAGCUUCUGUGCUGAGAAAUGACCCUGGAAACUAGAGAUCUCCUCCAUUUGCAAAUGUGUUUUUAAACUUCAAGAAGGAGUCUCAUGUUAAUCAGGCAUUAGAACAGGCGGUGGAAUAUUUAAUGCCAUAGAAAGAUGUUACUGACGAAUUGUCGCAUGGGGGAAAAGCCAGUUGCAAAAUGGGCUGUAACCUUGGGGCUCCCCACACAUUGGAGGCAGCACGGAACAGAGGAAUGAGGGGCCUUGCAAGCUGCUCUCUGUCUUCAUUUUGCUGUGACCUGGGGGACUCCUCGACUGUGCUAGAGUCAGUUUCUGCAGCUGUGAAAUGGGGACACUGUUGUGUUCCUCACGGGCUUGUUACCAAGGUAAGUGAGCAGCAGGGCCCACCCAGGGGAGGGUGGCACCCAGCAACUGUGACACCUUCCGGGAGGCCCUGUGCGUGCCCACAGCCCCGGGAACGGCGGGCAGGGCCAGGCCCGAGGCAAGCAGGCAGCCCGCGUUGCCCCCGAACCUUCUCAGAAGUGGAGUCAGCAUCUGCCCACCUCACAGGGCGGGCUGGGCAGGGAUCUCGGCCAGCUCCCCUCCCUCCCUCUUGCUGUGCGCGUGGCCAUCUCUUGCCUUGGCCACCACAGGACAAAGGCAUGGAGCCCACGGCAGGAUUUCCCAUCAGGCUUUUAUUACAAAGAAGGUUCCAGAGCAUCCCAGCCUCCCACUCCCGCGCAGCCCCGAGCCUGUCCAGUGCCAGGUGGGUCUGCGCUGGUGGCCGGGUCAGCACAGACGGCGCUUCUGACAGCUCAGAAAGGGCCACUUUCC